GGCGGCUACUGUACUUUCCCGCCAAACUAUAAACCGCGCAAAUACAGGAGAGCGGGAGAACAGCAGUACAGUCACUGACACACUACGACUCCCGUGCCCGAACAGCAGGGACACCCUCACCACAGACUCCCGCGCCUGAGCAUCCGGGACACUAGCACCACAGGCUCCAGCGCCCGAGCAUCCGGGACACCAGCACCACAAACUCCCGAGCAUCCGGGACACCGGCACCACAGACUCCCGCCCGUUACCAGCACAGACUUUCAGUCAGUCACACCGAGAACCCCCGAGCAGCCGCCGUCAUGUGGAUCCAGGUGCGCACCAUGGACGGCCGGGAGACUCACCGCAUUGACUCCCUGUCCAAGCUGACCAAGGUGGAGGAGCUGCGGCAGCGCAUCCAGGACGCGUUCGGGGUGGAGAUGGAGCGUCAGCGGCUCUUCUACCGGGGGAAGCAGAUGGAGGACGGGCACACGCUCUUUGAUUACAGCGUCAAUCUGAAUGACAUCGUCCAGCUGAUGGUGCGGCAGCUCCCGGCGUGUGCCCCGGCGCCGGAGGAGGGCGAGGAGGCGAUGUCCGAAACGGAGCCCGAGGAGCGGCCACAGGAGGAACCGGUCCCCUCUGAGCGCACCGACCUCGGCUUGUACCAGAGCAAGCAGCUGGUGGACGCCCGGGACCUGCACAUGGGCGCCUGGUUUGAGGCGGAGGUGGUGACCGUGACCCACGGGGCGACCCCUGGGGACUUCAUCUACCACAUCCAGUACGAGGACUACCCUGAGAACGGGGUGAUCCAGCUGACGGAGAAGGACGUGCGGCCCCGUGCCCGGAGCACCCUGCAGUGGCAGCAGCUGGCAGUGGGGCAGGUGGUCAUGGUGAAUUAUAACCCGGAUGAGCCCAAGGAGAAGGGCUACUGGUACGAUGCGGAGAUCCUGAGGAAGCGAGAGACCAGGACUGUGAAGGAAGUCUACGCAAAAGUGUUACUGGGGGAGGCAGGGGACUCUCUGGAUAACUGCAGGAUCAAGUUUGUGGAUGAGAUCUUCAAGAUUGAGGAGCCUGGGAGCUCUGCUCAGUCCAACAGCGAAAGGCCCCCCAAAAGACAAAAUGGUCCAGAAUGCAAACAUUGCAGAGAUAACCCCAAAACGAAAUGUCGCAUGUGCGCUUGUCACGUAUGUGGGGGCAAACAGGACCCUGGUAAGCAGCUGCUGUGUGACGAGUGCGACAUGGCUUUCCACAUGUACUGUCUUGAUCCCCCUAUUUCUGCCCUCCCCCAGGACGACUGGUACUGUCCAGACUGUAGAGUCGAUGCCACUGAAGUGGUACUAGCUGGCGAGAAGUUGAAGGAGAGUAAAAAGAAAUCCAAAAUGGCGUCUGCCAGCUCUUCGUGUCAAAGAGACUGGGGCAAAGGCAUGGCAUGUAUGGGGCGCUCUCGAGAAUGCACGAUUGUUCCAUCCAAUCACUACGGCCCAAUCCCAGGGGUACCAGUUGGCACCAUGUGGAAAUUCAGGGUCCAGGUGAGUGAGGCUGGCGUGCACAGGCCACAUGUGGCUGGUAUCCAUGGAAGAAGCUAUGAUGGUUCCUAUUCCCUAGUGUUGGCAGGCGGUUAUGAGGAUGACUUGGACAAUGGCACAGAGUUUACCUACACUGGGAGCGGUGGUCGUGACCUCUCUGGUAACAAACGUACAGCAGAGCAGUCGUGCGAUCAAAAGCUUACCAACAUGAACAGGGCUCUAGCACUGAACUGCAAUGCCCCCAUUAAUGACAAACAGGGGGCUGUAGCUAAGGACUGGCAGAAAGGUAAACCUGUGCGUGUUGUGCGCAAUGCAAAGGGGAGGAAACACAGCAAAUAUGCCCCAGAAGAGGGAAACCGAUAUGAUGGAAUAUAUAAAGUGGUGAAGUAUUGGCCUGCAAAGGGAAAGUCUGGUUUUCUGGUGUGGCGCUAUCUGCUCAAGAGAGAUGAUGAGGAGCCUGCGCCGUGGUCCAGGGAGGGUAAGGAGCGCAUAAAGAAACUGGGCCUUACUAUGCAGUACCCAGAGGGUUAUUUAGAAUCUGUGGCUAAUAAAGAGAGAGAGAAAGAAAAUGCAGGUGGGAAUGAGUUAGAAACUCCAAGCAAAGGGAAGAGGAAAAGGAAAUCUGAGAUUUCUAAAGCUCUUGUGCCAUCUGCUGGAACGCCUAAGAAAACCAAAGUGGAAUUAUACAAACUAACUGCAGAGCAAAAAGCUCUGAUCAAAAAAGAUGAGCUGAAUGUCAAGUUGUGGAAUGAAGUCAUGUCGUUCCUUAAGGAGGGGCCCAAAUUUAUAAGCAAAGUGGAAGAGUCAUUCCUCUGCAUUUGCUGCCAGGAGGUGGUGUAUGAGCCCAUCACGACUGAGUGUCUGCACAACAUCUGCAAGAGUUGCCUUGACCGAUCCUUUAAAGCCUCUGUGCACAGUUGCCCUGCAUGCAGAUAUGACCUGGGCCAGAACUAUAAUGUGUGUGUGAACAAGCCACUGCAAGCCAUUCUCAGCCAGCUCUUCCCUGGCUAUGAGAGGGGAAGAUAAUCUCCUGAGUGACCAUACAUUACAGAUUUUAUUGACUUUAAACUUUUUAUGCUUUGUUCUGUUUUCAACUCUUUCAGCCUCUUCUCAGUUUUCCUGGUUGAAACCAUUUUCUAUUUUUCAAGUCUGUUCACAGGUUUAGUUGUAAGACUAGGCAAGCCAUAUCUCUACAUCUUUGUCUUCUCAUAUUACUGCUCUAUUUUCUACUAUGUAUAUAUUUACUGACUCCAGUCUUUCUAUGCUGAAAUUAUUGGUAACCGUUAUUUCCCAGCUAAAAUUCUAUUGUCCUUUGGUUCCCAUGCUAUAAUCUAUGCAUUGGUAUUGCUGUAUUUUAGAUCACGGUGCUGAAUGCCCCAUUUAACAUUCUAUCACCCAGAAUUGUGCUGAUGGCCAAUUUAUUAAAGGCUGUAGUUGCUCUUAUAUUAACUUUUUUUUUUUUUCAGCUUUUAGUGGGAUGGGUCUAUGUUUGCAGGGAUGUGAUGUUCUACCUCAAUUAGACUUGGCUGUCUUACAAGGCAGUUAUGUUCUUGCUGCGUUUCCAAUUUCUCAACUUUCUAUUGCCCGAUUAGGCUAUCGCUAUCGGCAUCAAUGCAUUUGCUAGAUUAAUGAUGGUGACGCUUUUGCAGUUAAGGUCAUAUCACAGCCAUUAGAGUGCCUGUUUAAAUUUCUGUAUCCUUUACUAAGUGCAGCUGCCAAAUUUUGGAACUGAAGCAAUAUAAUCAAUUUCAUGUUUUCAAGUGUAGUUCGUUAAUUUUUGUUUUACCAGUUAGAUUUUACGCAUGUAUUUUUGUUAUGGUUGUUUUGAAAGGGAUAUUUGUUAUAUCAUGACUGUUUUUAUAGUGGUCCCAUUGCAGCCAUUGGAGGGUUUUCUUUCUUUCUGCUGAAUAUUUCUGUUAAGGGACCAGGAAGUGGUGGGCUCAGUGGAGAAUAAUUUUGGAUUUAUUUAAGGUUGCGCCUCAUGUUGUCGCUAGUUACUACUGAAUUUAAUGGCUACAUUCUUUCAGCCAGAAAAAAAUUACAAGUGGCGUUGGUGGGCCCACUGAAACGAAAACUGCCAUUGAUCCGAAUGCUUUCUGCAAGAGAAAUAGACUGAAUUGUACAUGUUUCCUGUUCUGCUGGAUGUGAGAAUAUUCUUGUUUUGAUUGACUGUAAAAUGCAUUUAUAUACUGUUUCCAAGAUGUCAUGUCUGCAUUUUGGUUGCAAGUUGUUUGUAUUGCUAAGGGUGUUCCAAGUAUUCAUCAUACAGAUAUAAUUUUUUUUAUAAUGAUCUAAACAGAUUGUAUGGAAUGGUUUAUAAUCUUUUUACCCUUUUUGUACAACUGAUCUGAUUAAAAUUAAACAAUUUUUAAAAGGUG